AUGACACACUGGAGAUGCAGAUUGUCUUUUAUCUGCGUGUUAAAUAUACUUGUGUCUUAUUGGGCGUCAUCAGUCAGUGCUUACAGUCAGGGCGCGGGGGCUCAGGCAUGUUCCUCCCUCACACCCUGGCACAGUGCUAACCAGCCACAAACAAUCCCAGUCCCUUACGUAAUCACCGUGUCCAAAACGUCAUAUCGUCCUCUGGAGCAAGUUGUAGUGACAAUUCAGGCUUGCAAAGGAUAUUCUUUUAAAGGAUUUUUAAUUCAGCCAAGAUUGGCGCAAUUUUCUACUCAGGACGUAAAGAUCGGAGUGUUUGGCAUGUACAACAAUGCUCCCUAUCAGUACACGUGUCCUGAUAGUCGUAAUGGAAUAAGAGGACAGGCUUUAACACAUACAUCAAGUGAAGAGAAGACAAAGAUAAGAGUUGUCUGGCAAGCUCCUAGAGUCCCACAAGGUCAUGUUGUAUUUAGGGCUACCAUUUUGCAAGAAUAUACAACUUUUUGGGUUGCUGUCAAUUCUCCGAUUGUGUAUGAUGCUUAUAGUUCAGUGAGACUGGCACAGAGCCAGGUACUCAGUCUAACAAAUAACAUCUCACCUGUCUGUAACGAACCUGUGCAGCCACCCUCACCACCACCACGGACUUCGACGCCGCAACCAACAACACAGCGUCCAACAACUACGACACCUAAACCAACAACACCUAAACCGACUACAACCACAACCAAACCGACUACAACCACACCCAAACCAACAACAACCACACCUAAACCAACGACAACCACACCUAAACCAACUACAACCACACCCAAACCAACUACAACCACACCUAAACCAACAACAACCACACCUAAACCAACUACAACUACACCUAAACCAACAACAACAACACCCAAACCAACAACAACCACACCUCAACCAACGACAUCACAAUCAACAAUGAAGCCCUUUACACCUCCUCAGGGUACGUAUUUGCCUCCUGAUCCUGACUGUAACAAAACCAAAGGUUGUUUCCAUGACUGCAGAAGGGGUGUGUGCUCUUUUAUCAUCUCCUGGAGGGACAGAGAGGGAUACUUAGACAUGGAGAUUAAUGCACAUAUCCCCCUUGGGGGAGAUAGAUGGGUGGCAGUGGGCUUCUCUUAUGAUGACAAAAUGGGCAGUGACAGUGUAACCGAGUGUAUGUCUGUAGGUGGACGAAUCAGUGCUUUCCAGUCAUACAACUCGGAUACUCACAGCAACUCAAGGCUAAGAGAUCCCAAACUUGGACUUAGCCAAGAGUAUGGUUCUUUUGUGGAUGGCAUUUUUACAUGUGGAUUCACCAGGGAAAAACUGGUUCCAACCGAGAGCCGACUGUUUAACCUCAACAAACCUUGGCACAUCUUAUUUGCUCAUGGAACAGCAAUUGAAGAUCCUUUUAGAGGAGGACAGGGAUUGAAGCUUCCCCAUAUGUAUGACCCAGCACCACCAACAUCAGAGAAUAUUAUCAAUUUCCAGGCAUAUUUAGUUAAUAUGCCAACUACCACUACCUCCAGCACUAGCACCACUUCAUCUACAACCACAACCACAGUGGCACCCACUACCACCACCACUACCACUCAUAGACCUACCACAACAACCAGUAAAGUGACUCAAAGGCCCACCACACCAUGGCAACCACCUACAACAUUGAGACCUUUCACAACCAAGGCCCCAUCCACCACUAUCAGAACCACAACCAUUCAUGAUCAUGACAAGCACACCCAUUCUCACAAUGAAACCCUCCAAGCAGACUUUGGGUGUGGGAAAACCAAGGGCUGUUUUGCCAAGUGCAGUGGGGGGCAGUGUGACUUCAUCAUUACAUGGAAUGACACUGGGGAACAUGUACAGUUUGAGAUGAGGAAGAAAUUCUCUACAAUGGACCCAAAUGACCACUGGAUUGCAGUGGGCUUCUCUGAGGAUAAAAGAAUGGGUGAUGACAGUGUGACAGAGUGCAUUAGACAGGAGGGCUUUAUUCUGGUUCACCAGUCAUUUAAUGAUGUCACCAAAUCAAACACAAGAUUAAAACAGAGUGGUUUGGGAUUGAGUGACGUUUCAGGAAGUUAUAUCGAUGGGGUGAUGAUCUGCCAGUUCUCCAGGAAGAAGCAGCUUCCAGAUGAAAAACAAAUCUUUGACUUGAACAAUGAUUACUACAUGUUUUUUGCUUAUGGAGAGGCCUCAGAAGGAGUGAAGAGGAGACACAGUGUUCGGGAUCUCCCGAUUGUGUCCUCAAAACCUGUGGAUCUCCAGAAACACAGCAACAUACAGGGGAAGGCUGUGUAUUUCCUGGUCAAAGUUCAUGGUUGUUUGAUGGUUAUUGCCUGGAUCUGUCUAGCUAGUAUAGGAAUUAUUGCUGUUAGAUACUAUAAGACUGUGUGGCUAGAGGAAACAUGUCUGAGGGAGAGAAUCUGGUACCAGUCUCAUAAGUUCUGUAUGAUAACCCUGUUUCUGUGUGUAAUGGUGGGAAUUAUCCUGAUUUUUGUUGAAAUACAAGGAUAUAGUCAGAUUGAUGGCAAAACCUUUCACCAGGCUCACCCUGUUAUGGGUCUUCUGGUCACUCUCUUUACUAUUGCUAAUCCCAUAAUAGCCAUUCUGAGGCCCCUUCCUGGCACCAUAAAGAGAAAAAUAUUCAAUUGGAUUCACUGGGCAGUGGGCACUGGUGCCCAUUUCUUAGCAAUUGUGACGUUAUUUGCUGGUGUGGAAUUGGCCAAAGCUAGAGCCCCAUUCUACAUAAGCUACAUUCUGAUAGCAUAUGUCUGCUACCUGCUUAUUGUUUUCUUCAUUUUGGAAGUUCACAGCUUUAUUUCUAAAAGAGCAGAACAUAAGAGGGAUCAGACGUACAUUUAUGAAAUGCACAGAAAGCCACACUACUCCAGUGUGAAUCAUUCCUUGGACAUUGAGCCACCGUACAGCAAAGUGAAGAAGGCCAUAUUUGGUUCCCAUAUUCUCAUUACAGUAACUGUGACAAUUAUAAUAUGUAUUCUGCUGUUCAUAUCAUAAAAUAAUUAACCGAAUCCAUAGAGAGCUGUUGUCUGGUACCAGUCUGUAGCCAGAAAUAGUUGUUAGCAGGAGGAAAGUGAUUACAUACAAGGCUUUAUUCUUUGCUCUGACAACAGAAUUUGUUGUCAAAGGAGAUUCUGGCUGAUCCUUAAUUAACCAUGCAGGUCUGGUUCUAAAUGAUCAAAGCUGAG